AUGUGUUUUCUUCCUCCUAUUACUGAGCUUUUGAAACCCAGUCUUCCUUCUGUUAACGAUUCUUUGAAUACCAAACUCCCUUCUAUUGGUAAUAUCUUUAAUUUGAAUCUUUCUGAUAGCACAAACGAAAAAUGCUGA